UUGUUGAGUGUUUUGCUAGCUAUUCUUAGCAUCGCAACAUCGAUGUUUCCGGGUGCAAAUGUUGAAGAAAGGACGUGAUAAGAGACGUGUAUGGUUAUGCAGCUGUGAAUCAGGUUUUAAAUAAGUUUGUGCACCAUAGAAAGCUGCUUUUGACAUUUAAAAGUGAAGAUUGAGAUUGAAUAAUGGCUCCAUCGGCUGCUUUUCGUUUGUUGUCUGUCUCUGGAUGUCUGCUGUUAUUGUGUGGUACAUCAUGGGCAUCUAAUGGCACAGUUCCUCUGGUGAUUUGGCAUGGCAUGGGUGACAGCUGUUGUAAUCCUCUGAGUAUGGGUGCGAUAAAGAAGAUGGUGGAGCAGGAAGUCUCAGGAAUAUAUGUGCUUUCCCUCAUGAUCGGCAAAUCUGUUUUUGAGGACACAGAAAAUGGCUUCUUAAUGGAUGUUAAUAAGCAGGUGUCUUUCGUUUGUGAUCAACUGGCCAAAGACCCCAAACUGAAGGGAGGCUACAAUGCGAUGGGCUUUUCACAGGGCUCACAGUUUCUGCGAGCGGUGGCGCAGCGCUGUCCAGAUCCACCAAUGAGAAACCUCAUCUCUGUCGGUGGACAGCAUCAAGGAGUGUAUGGUCUUCCUCGGUGUCCUGGUGAAAGCUCUCAUAUCUGCGACUGGAUCCGCAAGCAGCUCAACUCGGGCGCUUACACGGACGCUGUUCAGAAACACUUAGUUCAGGCGCAAUACUGGCACGAUCCUCUCAACGAUGACCUGUAUAAAAAAUACAGCCUCUUCCUUGCUGACAUCAAUCAAGAGCGGGUGGUGAAUGAGACGUACAAGAAGAAUCUGAUGUCUCUGAAUAAGUUUGUGAUGGUGAAGUUCCUGCAGGACUCUAUUGUUGAUCCUGUGGACUCUGAGUGGUUUGGCUUUUAUAAAGCUGGUCAAGCUGAAGAACUGGAAACACUGCAAGAAAGCCCUAUAUACAAAGAGGAUCGUCUGGGUUUGGCAGCGAUGGAUUCAGCAGGGAAGCUCUUGUUUCUGGCCUCUGAAGGAGAUCAUCUGCAGUUCACCAGAGAGUGGUUUAAUGACAACCUGCUGGCCUACUUACUCUAAAAACACACUUGCUUAUUCCCGAUAAGAGUUUGCACGCGAACGCGCUCAGUGCUUUCAUGAUCUGAUUUCAGCAUGUUCGUAACUACGGUCUCUGAUACAUAUGUGAUGUCUCGUAUAGAAAUGAAGCCAGUCUUGCUUGUUUUAUUGCACUGAUCUUUUAUCUGAUUUAAUGGAACAAAGAAAUCAGGUUCACUUUGAGAUUUAGGUUUUAAUUAUAGUAAUUAAGUACUCUUUUUAGGUCAUUUUUGCUGAGCAAUAAAAAUAUAGCUUACAAAAA